ACGAGAAAAAUGCCUCGGAAUUCUACUGCCUCCAGGGCUGCUCCAACAAAUGCAAACAUAACUCCUACCACCAGUACCACAAAUAAUUCUUCGCGAAGUAGGCCGGCACGUGAGGACCAAGAACUACAUGAUCCGCAAAGCGCGACGAAAAUUCUGCGCCUGCUCGAGGAGGAUCAUGACCCCACGGCAGAUGCGAUUCCCACCUUAUCCCACGAAAAAAGUGUUUCACUGUAAGGAUUUUGCAAGUUUUGCAUCACAAGUUUGCUCUGCAUGACAGCGAAAAUUUGCAAUGCGCGACUUCCAAGGGAAAACACCGCUAAAAAGCCACUGUCUUGCAUGUCUAGCAAAACAAACAGAAACACUUCUGAGAUACAUUUUCUGCAUUACAAGCUUACAGUGAAACAGGUUUUUCUUGCGAUACGCCUACCACGACCAGAACGGCCUACUGUCGCCGACCAGCGGCGGGGUAGUAGUUUCAUCGCUGCACAGAACAAAUUUGGAUUUUCUAGAGGAGGAGGAGGAAGAUGAAGCAGAACAACACCUACAACACCUACACCUACUUCCAAGGAGCAGCAAUAAAGCCACGACAACUCGACAUCUUCGGGGUGGAGUAGAUGGCGUGCAAAAUGGUCAAAUGGGACGCGGGCGAGGAGAUACAGGCUGUAGUACUGAGACGGGCGGGACGAGUUUUUAUCAAG